CUUUCUUUAUCCUAACUAAUAAACAAACCGACAUCCAACGGUCUUAUCUCUCAUGGCGUUUGCUCCGCCAAACCUCAGUUCAAUCCCUCACUCUCUCUCCUCCAAGCCAUUUCCCCCCCAAUUUUCCUCUCUUUCCCUCCAAACACCGCCGCGCGCACGGCCACCCGCCACCUCUCUUCGCGCCUCGAGGCGCCAAACCGUCCCCAGAUCAGCUCUUCGAGAGUGGAAAGAGUACGAGGAUGCGGUGAAGCGCAAGGACCUUGCCCGGGCUCUCAAUUUCUUGCAAUCAAUCGAAACCCAGAAAAACCCAAUUGAGCUUGCUAAUGGGUCCUUGCCGGUUGAGUCGACCCGGCCUCGACUCGGCGAUCUGGGGUUGGUUGGGUUGGAGAGGGAUUGGGACGUCCUGGACACGUGCCUCAAUGCUGACAAUAUGAAGCUUGUGGGCAAAGCUUAUGGCUUUCUCAAGGACAGAGGAUUCUUGCCCAAUUUUGGGAAAUUCAGGAAUGUUGUUUUGGAGGGAACACGCAAUGUUACACCAACAGUGUUGAAGACUUCAACCGGUUUAGAAGCAUCAAAAUUUGCUCCAAAAAAGUGGGGUCUUUCCGAAAGUUCUGGCCCCAUUUUGGUUGCCUUUCUUGGGGGACUAUCUUUUCUUCUUUCUCAAGGCAUCGAUCUCAGGCCUAACCUUACAGCAGUAUUGGGGCUAGCAUUUGCGGAUUCUAUCUUCCUUGGUGGUACCUGUUUAGCUCAACUCUCAAGUUAUUGGCCUCCAAAUAGACGCCGUAUCCUCAUUCAUGAAGCAGGGCAUCUGUUAAUAGCUUAUCUGAUGGGUUGCCCAAUUCGUGGGGUGAUAUUGGACCCAAUUGUUGCAAUGCAAAUGGGCAUUCAAGGGCAGGCUGGAACUCAAUUUUGGGAUGAGAAAAUGGCCAAUGACCUUGCUGAAGGACGACUUGAUGGCACUGCUUUUGACAGGUACUGCAUGGUGCUUUUCGCAGGCAUUGCUGCUGAAGCUCUUAUUUAUGGUGAGGCAGAGGGUGGAGAAAAUGAUGAAAAUCUAUUUAGGGGCAUCUGUGUUCUUCUAGAACCCCCACUGUCUGUUCCCGAGAUGUCAAAUCAAGCAAGGUGGUCCCUUUUACAAGCUUACAAUAUGCUCAAAUGGCAUAAAAAUGCACACCGAGCUGCAGUUAAAGCUUUAGAAAGCCGAAGUGGUCUUAGUGUUGUAAUUAGGAGUAUUGAGGAAGCAAUGACAACAAAUACGUGAGCGGAAGUAACUUCACGAAAAAUGGCUUCUUCCCACAUUGGUGACGAGGGCGGAGCACAAGAGAUUGAAAGUAUGAUUGGUGUAAGAAAGGCCUCCGAAAUGCAGUCAUUUUAGGUGACACUAUGCUAUUCCUCACAAACAAUUCGGAUCUAUGGUGGACACAAAGAAUUGUCUUCCAACAAGUAG